CAACAUCGUAACGAUCCCCACGCCUCCACUUGAAUCUCCUCCUCUUAACUCCUUUCCCUUUUACCUGAACUUGAUACCCGAAGCUGAGGAGAAGACCCUCUUCUGCCUAGUGUAUUCCUCCUCUUACGUCUUGAAAUACCUCCCCCCCUUUCCUUUCUAGCCUCGACCCCUCCCCCUAACCGUCCACCAUGCAGUCUAUGCUUACCAAGUUCGAAUCCAAAUCCUCACGAGCGAAAGGCAUUGCAUUUCAUCCUAAACGGCCAUGGAUUCUUGUCUCACUUCACACCUCGACAAUCCAGCUUUGGGAUUACCGUAUGGGAACGCUGAUAGAUCGGUUCGAGGAGCACGAUGGACCUGUUCGAGGGAUUGAUUUCCAUUGCACUCAACCGCUUUUCGUAUCGGGGGGUGAUGACUACAAGAUUAAAGUCUGGUCCUAUCAGACCCGCCGCUGCUUGUUUACCCUGAAUGGACAUCUCGAUUAUGUUCGGACCGUAUUUUUCCAUCACGAGCUUCCUUGGAUUCUGUCCUCUUCGGAUGAUCAAACGAUCCGAAUAUGGAAUUGGCAGAAUCGGUCGUUGAUUUGCACAAUGACUGGUCAUAAUCAUUACACUAUGUGCGCCCAGUUCCACCCCAAAGAGGAUCUAAUUGUCAGCGCUUCUCUAGAUCAGAGCGUCCGCGUAUGGGAUAUCUCAGGGCUACGGAAGAAGCAUUCGGCACCCACUUCAAUGACAUUUGAAGAUCAGAUGGCCCGCGCAAAUGCCAACCAGGCAGACAUGUUUGGGAAUACGGAUGCAGUGGUGAAGUUUGUGCUGGAGGGUCACGACCGGGGUGUUAAUUGGGUCUCCUUCCAUCCUACCUUGCCAUUAAUCAUCUCAGCUGGUGAUGACAGGAAUGUAAAGUUGUGGAGAAUGAGUGAAACCAAGGCUUGGGAAGUCGACACCUGUAGAGGCCACUUUCAAAAUUCAUCAGCUUGUCUCUUCCAUCCUCACCAGGAUCUGAUCCUAUCAGUAGGGGAGGACAAAACGGUUAGAGUUUGGGAUCUGAAUAAGAGGACUGCGGUCCAGUCUUUUAAACGGGAAAAUGAUAGAUUCUGGGUCAUUGCCGCUCACCCGGAAAUUAAUCUCUUCGCGGCUGGUCACGAUAACGGUGUGAUGGUCUUCAAGCUAGAGCGGGAGAGACCGGCAUAUGCGAUUCAUCAAAACAACCUCUUCUUCGUCAACAAGGAGAAGCAUGUACGGUCUUUUGAUUUCACACAAAAUAUUCAGAGCCCUUCUAUGUUGUCCUUGAAGAAAUUGGGCGCACCUUGGGUUCCGCCAAGAACAUUGUCUUACAAUCCCGCUGAGCGUUCGAUUUUGGUUACGUCUCCUACGGACGGAGGAACCUAUGAGCUUAUCAAUUUACCAAAGGAUGCUUCUGGCGCCGUUGAGCCAACUGACACUAAGCGAGGCACCGGAAACUCCGCGGUAUUCGUUGCCCGGAAUCGUUUUGCGGUCUUCAAUUCAAGUUCCCAAACUAUUGAUAUCAAAGAUCUCUCGAACUCUACUACUAAGACGAUCAAAACACCUACCAACAUCAAUGAUAUAUACUUUGGCGGCACAGGUUGUCUAUUGCUUUGCGCACCCUCGACUGUCAUUCUCUAUGAUAUCCAACAGAAGAAGACUGUUGCUGAGUUGGCUGUAUCUGGUGUUAAAUACGUUGUGUGGUCAAACGAUGGGCUCCACGCGGCGUUACUUUCAAAACACAAUGUUACUAUUGUUACGAAAACUCUUGAACAGGUUUCUUCUCUCCACGAGACUAUCCGUAUUAAGAGCGCGACCUGGGAUGAUGUCGGUGUGCUUUUAUAUUCCACCCUGAACCAUAUUAAAUAUACUCUUUUGAAUGGUGAUAAUGGGAUCAUUCGUACUUUGGGUGAGACUAUAUACCUUACCAAAGUUAAGGGGAGAAGUUUGUUCUGCCUUGACCGCCAGGCAAAACCAAAGCUUUUGGACAUUGAUCCUACCGAAUAUAGGUUCAAGCUUGCUCUAGUCAAGAGGAAUUAUGAUGAGAUGCUUUCUAUAAUUAAGACUUCCAACCUUGUUGGACAAAGCAUCAUCUCUUAUCUCCAAAAAAAGGGAUACCCGGAGAUUGCCCUCCAAUUCGUGCAAGACCCUCAGACUAGAUUCGAGCUGGCGAUUGAAUGCGGGAAUCUCGAGGUUGCGGUUGAAAUGGCCAAGGAGCUAGACCGCCCAAAGCUCUGGACCAGGCUUAGCGCGGAGGCUCUAAGUCAGGGUAACCACCAGGUCGUCGAGAUGGCCUACCAGAAACUCCGGAACUUUGACAAACUUUCGUUCCUAUAUCUUGUCACUGGAGACACAGAGAAGCUCAACAGAAUGGCAAAGAUCGCCGAGCACCGCAAUGACUAUACUGCCAGAUUCCAAAAUGCUAUCUAUCUCGGGGAUGUGGAGACUAGGAUCCAAAUGCUUAAGGAGAUUGAUCUAUAUCCUCUUGCAUAUGUGACCGCUAAAGCCCAUGGACUUAACGAGGAAUGCGAGGCAAUUCUCGAAGCUAGUGGCCUAACAGAGGAGGAUAUCAGGAUUCCUGAGAUUAGCGUACCCAUCCCACCCCCCAAAGCCAUAGUUCCCACACAUCAAAAGAACUGGCCUCUCCGGGCUGCUUCCCAGUCAUUUUUCGAGAAGGCUUUGUUGGGUCAAGUCGAGUCAAUGACGAUUGAGGAUGAAGCACCUUCUGGAACGAACGGCUUUGCUAUGGAUGAAGGUGCUGUUGAUGGCAAAGGGUUCAAUGGAGAUCUCUUGGAUGUGGAGGGAGAAGAAGAUGCCGCAGGAUGGGAUAUGGGAGAUGACGAUCUCAACCUGGAGCAAGUCGGUGAACUUGCUGUUGAAACCGACGGUGCUGGUGUUGGUAUGAGUGAGGCAGAGUUAUGGGCAAGAAACUCACCAAUUGCUGCCGAUCAUGUGGCAGCAGGAUCAUUCGAGACCGCCAUGCAGCUUCUAAAUCGCCAAGUUGGUGCCGUAAAUUUUGAACCUCUAAAGCCAAGAUUUAUGGAAAUUUACCAAGCUAGCAAGACCUACCUACCCGCAACCGUUGGCCUUCCUCCAUUAGUCAACUAUGUUAGGCGUACUAUUGAGGAGACAGACUCCAGGAAAAUCUUACCUGCCAUUCCUAGGGAUUUGGAGAGUGUGCGCACCAAUGGCCUACAGAAGGGAUUCGCUGCGAUGAAGGCCAAUAACUUAGAGGAAGGGGUAAAAAUCUUUAGGGGCGUUUUGCAUAACCUAAUCUUAGCCACUGUGCAGAACAAGUCAGAGAUUGAAGAAGCAAAAAGGAUUAUACGCACUGCUACGGAGUACAUCAUCGCUAUGUCAAUUGAAUUGGAGCGUAGGGAUAUCGCGACCGACGAAUCCCAGGCCAAGCGUAACUUAGAGUUGUCAGCAUACUUUACCAAACCCAUCCUUGAGCUCCCUCACAGACAGAUUGCUCUCAUGUCUGCGAUGAAGCUAGCGUACACAAAAAAGAACCAUGUCCUCGCUGCACACUUUGCAUCUCGGGUGUUGGCUAACAGUAGCCAAGGAAAGAAUGCUGAGAAUGCGCGCAAAAUCAAGGCCGUAUCAGAGCGUAGUGGACAAGACGCCAUUGAGAUUGAAUACGAUCAGUUCGCGGAGUUUGACAUCUGCGCGGCUUCCUACACCCCUAUAUAUAGUGGGCAGCCAUUUGUACAGGAUCCAUUUACGGGAGCAAAGUACCACCCGAGGUACAAGGGAAGCAUAUGCAGGGUUAGCCAAGUUACAGAGAUUGGAGCACCGGCUUCAGGGCUCAGGCUAUUGGCUCAAUAAAUAUCUGUAGGUUGGGUUAGAGUGGUUGGGGCGGGCCGGGAACGGUAUAAAAAAAGGAAAGGUCGUCAUCGUAUUUUUCUUUUCCUUGAUUUCGUGAUCGGCAAUGUUUAAUAGGCGAACUGGACAUUUGUGGUUUGUCUGUUUCCUGCUAUUUUUUACUUCACUGUUAACAGAGGUUUUCUUUCUUUCUUUUCACUCGUCUUUUUCUCCAUCGGAUGACUUUUGAUGGAAGCCCCGCCCUCUGCCUCCUCGGCGGUUUUACGGCUGAAAAUGAAGUGUCUUGCGAUUUGUGUAAAAGUGUACCGAUAUCUUAAGGGGGUAAAUGUAAAAGCAUAUAAAAAUGAAUGAAAUUGA